AUGUCCAGUGGUCCUGCUGAAAAUGAAAUGUCUCCAAUUCCUAGAGAAAUAGAUCAGGGGAUAUCAACUUCUUCUGAAAAGAUACAGAAAAGUGAACAUGGAAGAUUCAUCAGUUAUUGUACACAGUUCUACUUAAGUACAACAAAAAACGAUAUAGAGGUGAACCAAGAUUCAAAGGAACCAGAUCAUGAGAAGAAGGAAGAGGAAGCAGUUGUAAGCAAAGAAAAUUCUGAAGGUGAACCAAAAGAUUCAAUGGUACCAGAUCAUGACAAGAAGGAACCAGAUCAUGAGAAGAAGGAAGGGGAAUCAGUUUUAAACAAAGCAAUAUUGAAGUUUAGUACAGUGAUUGUCGAGGAUGAAACAGAAUUAGAACAAAGAGAAAUAGCUAUGCAAAAUGAUGAACUUCAAGCUUCACAAAAAAGUGAAGAAUCAUCACAAAAGACAACAAGAUACAAAAUGGUUGCAAGAAGAACCCUACUGCUGCAAAGGGGAAAAAGGACACUCCUCCUUGCCCCUGUUGCUCCAAAGGGGAAAAAAGGUACUCCUACUUCCCCUUCUGCUCCAAAGGGGAAAAAGGGCACUCCUACUUCCCCUGCUGUUGCAAAGAGGAAAAAAGGUACUUCUGCCCCUGUUGCUGCAAAGGGGAAAAGGGGAACUCUUGCUGCCCCUGCUGCUCCAAAGGAGGAAAAAAGCUACCGGAGUGGUUGA